AUGCCUCUUGGUACAUGCCUGACGAGCAAAGGAAUUCAAUUCAAGAAUAUCAGAUGGAAUAUCAGAUCGCACUACAAAAAGGGAGCCUUGGCUGUUGCUGUUUCUGCUCUUGGCAUUGAGAACAAAAAUGAUCUAGUGGUGUAUGAUGGAAAAGGGAUCUAUAGUGCAGCUCGUGUAUGGAAAGAUGCAGAUCCAGGAGAGGACAACCAACACACCAGCUCAAAGGACGUGGAAUCACAUGGGAGGGUGAAAGGUGGAUCCGUGCUUCAUGGCUCUGUGUUUUAA